AAAUAGAUGUAAACCACAAACUCCUACCAUUGCCGCUGUCAUUAUGCGCAGUGAAGAUGGAAAGUACGCCUAUUAUGGAUAUAGUCAAAGUGGAACCAGAAUCUGAUGAUGAGAUGGAGCCAGUAGAUUCGGAGAACGAAGCCGAGACCACCGAUGCAAGACAGGAUGGGCUAGGAACAUUUGCAUUUGUCUCUGUGAAGGAAGAGUCAGAAGAUUCCUGGGAUGUGAGUAAAGUGAAAAAAGAAUUUCCAGAUGAUGAUAUAACAAUAGAGGAACCUGAAGUGUGUCUUGAAAGUGCAGAUAAUGUGAUAUCUCUACAAGAAGAUAAUAUUAUUGCCGCUACAACUGAAUUGGAUAUUUAUAACAUCCACCAUGCUUAUACUACAGCUGAUUAUAUCUCUACUGGUGUUAAUACAGUUUACCGUUCUGGUGAGAAGAUGUUUGUGUGUGAAAUAUGUGGCCAAGAAUUUGUACGUAGAGCUGAGCUGUACAAGCACACCCAUACCCAUAGUGGAGAGAGACCAUACAUAUGUGAUGUGUGCAAUAAGGAUUUUUCAAAGAAAGCCACUCUGAAAGAACAUUAUCGUAUUCACACAGGUGAAAAACCAUUCACAUGUCAAGUAUGCAAUAAAAGUUUCUCAAAAAGUGGCAAUCUUUCAAAGCAUAGACGCACACAUACUGGUGAGAAGUCAUAUUUAUGUAGAAUGUGUAAUGAGCACUUUACAGACAAAUUGGUUCUCACACAACAUUCAUGUUAUCAAACAGAUCAAAUGCCAUUUAACUGUGACAUAUGCAAGAAAGGCUUCAGAGAAAGUAGAUAUCUUACUAAACAUCGGCGAAGACAUGCUGGAGUUAAACCAUAUAGUUGUGAUGUAUGCAAUAAGAAAUUUUCUGAUAAAGGAUUUUUGAAAAAACAUUAUCGUAUCCAUACGGGUGAGAAACCAUUUAAAUGUGAUUUGUGCAGUAAAGAAUUCACUCAGAGUGGUAAUCUUUCCACACACAGACGAAGCCACACAGGGGAAAAGCCAUUUGGUUGUGAUGUCUGUGGUAAGAGAUUUUCCAUGAAACAGAAAUUGAAGAAGCAUUCUCGUAUCCACACAAGAGACAAGGUAGUGACAGAAGAAAAGCAUUAACUUUAGUAAGUACAGUGUGUGUGUGUGUGUGUGUGUACAAGUAAUGAAGUUGUCAGAAUUACUCAUUUUCAAUGAAAUUGUGUAUGUAAAAGUAAUGAAAAUAUACAAGAUUUGAGAUUUUCACAGGAGUGAAGAUCCACGUUGUGGUUCUAUAGGUAGGUACCCUGAGAAUGGAGGAAGCAUAUUUCUGUGAAACACUGUUACCCACCUAACAGACUACAGCAUGGUAUUGUAACCUAUAAAGUCUCAGUGUGAAUGAAAAAUUUAAUUGUACAAGUAUUUGUCGCACUUUAUAUAAGAAGAGAGUAUUUUUACUUUAUUUAAAAAUCUCACUUCUUUUAGAAACUUGUUUCCCAUAUAUGCAUCACAUCAGAAGAGUACCAGAGCAACAUUUAUGCACUGCUACUGUGUCAAGGAGCUCAGUGAGUGACUGGAAUUGUGGAGAAUAUAAAUCAUAUACGAGAGGGGAGUACAGAGAAGACGCCUCAAAAGGAAAAAAGGUCUAGCUUUUCACAUUACUUGUUAAGUCCUGAAAUAUUGCACUUGGAAUGUGGUAUUAAUGUUGAGUUAUUCAUAUAUUUUCAUCAAACAUAGCCAACUUACUGAUGUGAGAUGUUUCUUCCCUCUCAGUAGGACAGUUCAUUUUUUAUUGGUAGUUCAGUGGACGUGUGAUUUACUUUCAUAUGAGCAGUGCUAGUUAUACUCAUAGGCAUGUAUGAUUUGAUUGUAAAAGAUAAGUUUUUAAUUAACUAUGAUCACUUAUUUUUUUACAUAACCAUCAUUUUUGUGAUGUAGAAGAUACAUGGUCAUUUGUACCUCUUCAAGUUUGAAAACUUGGAACUUUUGUUUGGAUAAUCUUACACAACACAGUGUUAUUUAUUAGAUUAUUGAUUUAUGAUUGGCUUAUCAUAAUCAUAUUUAUAAUGUCAUCAUACUUUUGUUUGUUUUAUGUAAGAAUGCCAGUGUACACACAUUUUCCUUGCUUAGCACUUCAGUUAAUUCCACACACUAAGAAGUAAUUAAAAACUAUGUUCUGUAGAUAACUAGAUCUUUAACUCUAGAUAUAUCAUAGUAUGUGAUUCAGAAUUUAGGGCUUACAGUACUCAUGAUUUCCUUAGUACCUAUUGCACAUAACAUAAUUAUUAGAUUAAUGUUUCCAUGUAAGUCCUAAAAUAUUCACUCAUAAUUAUCAAGACUGCAUUCAUCUGGGAUCCCGUAAUCAUCACGUUUCAUAGUGUAAUAUAUUAAUUUGAUUUUGUAUUUUAAAAAUUAUAAUUGGACAUUUUAUUAGUCAGGGGCUUCAUUGUAAUUAAAUUUUAGUUAUUCUUAAUUCAUAAAACUUCAGUGUAUAUUGUUGCUGCUACACUGUUCUUAUUAUGGUACCAGGGAAUACUUGAGAUCUGCAGUUCUCACAGCCAUGACUAUGAAGAAUAAUGUUUUCUGGGAUGUGGUGCUGUGUAGCCUGGUAGAUAUUCACCAGUGUUUCAGAGGAAUGUACUGUGUAUCUUCAUGUUGAAGAGUAGGUGAAGCAAGGAACCAGCAAUCAUAGCUCAUUUGCUAAACUGUCACAUCACAGAUGAUAAUAUUCAUGUGGAAUAAUUUCUUAAAACUGCUCUGCAGGAUGUGUGACUUUACACAGUCCGAGAGGUAGAGUAAGAUAAUGUUUAGUAUGAACAUGUAGCAGAAUGAGAGAUAAUGAUUUUGAUAUGUUUGAAACUGAUGAUACUUCAAUUGCUAUGUUGCAUGUGAAGCUGCAGAAAUCUCAGUAGCUGUCAGGUACGAGUAUAUGUGAACAUGGAAAAAGUGGAAUGAAAUGAGAAAAUGUGUAACUAUUUGCCCCAUGUUGCUAUUGCAAAGUAGCGCUGCUCCCAGACAGGGACAGCAGGUGAUGAAGAGAAAAAUUAGAACUUAUGCAGACUAAAAGUAGCCAGUUAUAAGCAUAAUUUUGCAGUAAAAGUAUUUGUUUAUAGAUGUAAGCUUUCAGCGUUUAUUUUUAUUUUAUGCACUUUUUUGAAGUAAUUUCAGUAAUGUAAUUGACAUGUUUAUACGUAUUCCUUUUUUUAAUUUUCACUUUAUGCAUCUUCCAUCAAGAAACAUUGUGAACAAAUAUUUCAGCAAAUGUUUGUGUCUGUGCUUUAUGCAGAAAAUAAAGUUAUGAUGGAUACAGAAUUGUUCCUAAGUA